UAUCUGAGUCUACAGCAGCUUGUUUCUUUCUUUGUUGGCUAGUUUCUUUGUAUUUUUGACCUGAAAGCCAUCUAGUAUUUACCUCAGCAUCCCAUCGAGUCCACGCCGUAUUUUUCUCCAUGCCUCUGGUUUAAAGCCCCGCACGUCACCCUCCACCCCCUCCCCUUAGCAACAGAGCCAACAUGGCGGCGUCCAGCACCGCGGAGCAUUCUCCGGAGAUAACGACGCCGUUAAAGAUCCCGAAAACCGAGGUGCCAUCCCCCGAGUCCGAGGAUUUGAGUGACAGCAAUCAAUACCACUCCAACCCCUCCACCCCGAACCGCUUCUCCCCUCUGAACGUGGGCUCGGGGUCCGCGGGCCGGACGGCGGCCUCAUCCUCCAACAGCUUCACGGCGUGCCGGGGGAUGUCGUGGACCCCGUCCGAGACUAACGCCCUCAUCGCGGUGUGGGGCAACGAGCGGCUGACGGAGGCGCGGAUGCAGCAGCUGGAGGUGGCGGGCACCGUGUUCUCCGGUAAGGCCCCCGGUCCUGCCAUGUACGAGCGGGUGUCCAGAGCCCUGUCCGAGCUGGGGUAUGAGAGGACCCCGUCCCAGUGCAGGGAGAGGAUGAAGACUCUGCGGCGCUGCUACAGCCGGGUGAAGGAGCACGGCAUCGGGAAGAGGAAGAGCAGCUACACCAUUGAGCAGCUGGAGAAAGUGUUCGGUCAGGGAGGCUGGGACUCUCAGAGCUGUGCCCCUGUGCUGAUCAACAGCAGCGGGCUCUAUCAGGAGAUGGAGUCUGAUGGCAGCACGCUGGAGGACUUCUCCCAGGAGGACUGGUGCAACCAGGUGCUGGACUCAGCCUUCCAGGAGGGGGACAUGGAGACAGAAGAAAUCCAGAUGCCUAAACACAGAGUGCUGCAGAUCCAAGCUGAGCUAUCAGAACAAACACAAAAAAGGGACAUGAUGCAGACUGUGGUGCGUAUUCUGGAGUCGGUGCAGCUGAAAUGGGAGCACUUCCAAACAUGGACUGAGUUCUCACGGCUGCAUCUCUCAAACAAACUGGCAAUCUUCGGCGUGGGCUAUAACACGCGCUGGCGAGAGGACGUGCGGUACCACUAUGCUGAGAUCAGCUCGCAAGUUCCUCUAGGGAAGAGACUCCGUGAGUACUUCAAUCCAGAGAAACCUGAGGGCCGCAUCAUCAUGACCAAAGUUCAGAAGAUGAACUGGAAGAAUGUUUACUACAAGUUUCUGGACAUUACGAUCAGCGAGGCACGCUGCCUGGAGCUGCACAUGGAGGUGGACUGGGUCCCCGUGUCCCUGUCCAGGGCUGCCGGCUGCAGCAGAGGAACAUGCCACUACCUCCUCCCUGGGGAAAUCCCCAAGACCUACGGACUCUAUGCUAUUGGUUACAAGAAAGAGGAGGACGCCGCUCACUUCUCUCCUCAGUGUGACAGUGAAGAUGUUAGCUUACCUCAGUGCAAAUCAGAAAACGGCGUGCAGCAGCAGGCUGAUGGAGAAGGUGCAGGGAGAGGAGACAGAACUGGAGUUAGAGUCACAUACUGUUACCUGGGGAUAGCUGAGGAUAGGACCAUUCAGCAGUGUCUCUUCCAGCACUUUCAGGGUCCUGGCAAAAACUACAUCCACGGAGAACCCUCAGCCGUGACCUGUUUUCUGCAGGAGAGCUGCAGCCUGAGUCGAGAUGGUGAGGAAAACUCAUCUCAACGUUUUGCUAUUUACAUCAAAUUCAUAGAGGUGGAGCUGGACUUCCUCUCUGCAGGCUCCUUGGUGGAGUGUCUGGAGACUGCUGUUGGAUAUUCCUUGAAAUACAACAACAAAGACUCACUGUAGACUGCACUUAGUGUUCAUGCUUAACAUGUCACAGCCAGUGAACAACAUGACAGAUGGUACACUGUCUGCUGCAUGGAUGUGUGGCUUUUUUCCAGACUUCAAUGAAUGACUGUGCACAAUAUGGUUAAUUAUUGUGCAGAAAUAAGGGAACAGUGGCUUCAGUAUUACAGAGCUGCAGCCUCUAAGAAGUAUGUAUUAUUAUUUUCAGCUAAUGUGCACUACAAAGGUUUCUGCUGCUUGUUUGGUGUAGAUACAUGUUUCCUCAUCAGGGACUGUUGGGCUUGGAAAGGGGACUACUGCAGUAUGCAUCUGUCUACCUCAGUAGGAUGUAGCAAGCAAGGCAGCAAGGGGACCAUAGUGUGUAUUUAUUCUGAAACUGCCUUUUACUUUGACUGUUGAGGUCAGGACCUGAAUCCACAGAGUAAUGAGGAGAAUGGCUGAGUUAUGCCUUAUGAUUUGCACGUAUGACUAUCCUGCAGCCAGGGAUGCUCCAAAGCUGAUAGGGAUGGAAAAGCAAAGCAACAGUGUUGUGCAGAUCAUACUUGCUAACAUGGAUACAUGUCCAUACAGAGGUUUUAAUUUGGCUCAUUAAAUAACAUGCAGCUUUGAGGAAUCUAAAACGUUAUACUGCAUAUACCAACUCUCAAAAAUAAAACAGACACAUGAUAACAUUUGUCUCUCAGCUGCACGGGGCAGAAUCCAAAGUGAGCGGGUUAUUUUCCUGUUUUCAUUUGCACUUUGUUUUAGCUGCAACUUUUAACAUAGAACAGUGCAGGAGCCACGGCAGUGCAGCUUUUAAACCUUACAGUGCGAGUCCCAAAAUGAACCGUCAGAGUUUAUUCUCCACAAGACAAGACAGGAGCGGAGUCAUCCACAAGGCUCCCAUGCUCUCCAACAUAAACAGGCUGACUAAUUAAUAAGGAAAUCUUUAUAGCAGCAGUUAUAUAGCAGUUUCACACUAAAAAAAUCACAAAUUACACAGAAAAAAGCCACAAUUGAUCACAGGUAGGGUUGCAAAGGGGUGGAAAAUUUCCAGAAAGUUUUCGGUAACUUUCCAUGGGAAGUUAAGCUGGGGAAUUUUGGAAAUAUUCCAAAUUGGAAACUGUCCAUGGCAAUUAUGGGAAUUUAUGGGAAUUGAGGGUACUUUAAUGGAAAGGUAUCAUAUCCAAGCAUAAAUAUUUGUUUUGCUAUAAGCAGACAUCCAUCCAAAAUAAUACAAUUAAAACAGAUUCAUUUGUAAGUAGAACUUUAGCAAGUGUUAAAUAUUUUAUUGAACAAUUCUCUCAUUGAAGAACAAAAACAUUAGUGUUGAGUUAAAUAGUACUCAUCCUCCCGACGCAACCCAUUGAAAAAUUAUCAACAUGCAAAUAAAAAAGCAUCUUCCCUCAAGCUUCUCAAGCCUAGUCUCUGCAUUUUUACUAAACCCUUUCAGGCAAUGGGCUCUUCCUGGGCUCUUCCUUAGUUCCCUAUUAAGAGCCAACAUUCAAUUAAGUAAAUUCCUGGUUUAUUCCCGUUUAUUCCCAUAAAUUCCUUUUAUUUCCCAUGGCAAGUUGCCAACUUUGAAAUUUCCUGGAAUUUUGCAACCCUAAUCACAUAUUAAUCAACACAGCUAAACACAGGAUCUUGGAGUCUGCAGGUUAACAAUCUUAACAUUGACUGUAUAAAUAAUAGUAUCUGCGCCGUCACCCAUCUGUUCCUGGGUGCUGUUUUGAAGCCAAUUGUCAGCGGGAGCCAUAUUGGUAAUGCUGAACUCAACCAAACUUAGUGUGAGGUAAAGAGGCAGGCUUUGAGCCUCCUAGUCAACAGCUACAGUGUUCCCGCCUGUCAAACAAGUCAGUCAUGUCCUUAAAUGGGCAAAACUUGUAAUCUUAAUAUCUUUCACGUUAUAAAAAAAAAAUCACCCCUCGUACAGUGUGUGCCGAUAGAGGAAUUAGCUACGUAGACCCAAGCCGUUUUUUGAACCAGGCUGUAAACAUGUUUAUUAAUGCUGCAAAGAUCGUCUUUUUUUAAUUGGUGUGUAUGUGGUUUCCGGUGUUUCUGCAGCCAGCCUCAAGCAGACGCUCGAUGAACUGCAGUUUAUAACACUUCCGCAUGGGCUUCAUAUUUUGAGACUGGAGGUUGCCGCUUGAAUCUUACAUUCGUUUGCAGAGUGUGGCUAGCACUAGCAGAGUGAGCACCACUAGUCGACAGUCCAUACAUCUUCAUCACCAUUUACUAGAUCAACAUACUGACAAACCACACCGCACUACGAGACAACAUCUGUCCUCUGUGCUUGUUUACAUCCUGGUAGUAGAUCUUUAUAGCAUCAUGGCAGCAGACAUCAACCAGAGCUACAGCACCAACUAGUGGAGGGAGGCUGCCAUACAGUUUAGAUACAACAUAUGACCAACCUUUCAGACCUACAAUAAUUAAAAAAAGUCUAACUAUAUGGUUUUUAACUCUUGUGCCGGUGAGGGUGACAACAUUUAAGGGUUUAAUUGACUAACCUUGCACCUCCGUACACUGGACAGCCUGAUUUAGUUUCAUCAAGCAUUAUCUUUGAUUUGAUUGAGACACAGCCUUUGCUGCCUGAUCAUUGAGGACUUUUAUUAUUUUCUUUUAGUGCCAUUGUUUUAAUUAAAAAGAGAAAUCAGUGAAUCUAAACUGGAGUGAAGCUUGGGAGCAUCUCUAGCUGCAGCUGCUGGGCUCACAGAGGAGCUCCUCACAUACAGUACACUGCGGUUUCAGUGCACAAGUGUUGUAGAUAAAACAUAAUCAUGCCAGUAACCUCCAUGCUAACGGGUGUAACAAUGAGCACUGUUCUGUGACAAAAGCUAAAUGUUGCAGAGUCAGUGUGAACGGGUGAACAUGACUCUGAAGAGAUGUGCAAUGUGCCAGGGAAGGACUGUGCAGAAAAGAAUCAAAGCAUACUGAAUAUAUGUAUAUGAAUCUACCUUAUGUAUAUCUAUAAUAUAUAUUUAAGAUUAUCGAUGUUCUCCAGCAUUCCAGCUUUUGCAGACCUGCGUGGUUAUUUGUUUGGGUAAACGGUAUAUAAAGAUAGAUAUGAUAUUUUAUAUUUGAUUGAUUGACACCAUGUCUUGUAUGUGAUUGUUUGGGAGUCACUGUCUCGUAUGUUUACAUGUUUAAAAACAAUAAAUGGGAGCUCACUGUUGUGUGCUUGUGUGAUAUGUAGAGUUGUUUCAGUAGAGCUGAAGAAAUGCACCAGUCAGUCAAACAACAACAUUUUAAUGGUCCAAUCAUUUUUCAGGCUAUUUUCAAGCAUCAGAAACGUCCUGCUCUGCUCUGUGUG